AAAAUUUAGGUUUAUUUAUAUCGCCCUUUGAUGAAAUGAGGAGUAAAUUAAUACCGGUUGACUUAAAAAGACUCACAACUUCCGUGUCACGACUCAGUUCGUGAAGGAGCGUACGGCUGACUCGCGCGCCAUCAGUCAGCCGCUGCCUUCCGCAUGAAUCCAUGGCCAAGGAGUUCUUUGUCCAGCAGAUGGUGUUACUCUCGGAUCCACCAGCCCGGCCUGGCGCCGCCUCCGACCUUCAACCCGUCGCGCCCCGCCAUCCCCAUCCCCUCCAACCCUAACAUCCCCUUCAUGUCCUUCGACGUCGGCGUCUCCCAGGCCUCGUCCCCCUUCUUUGCUCCCGUCCUAGCGGCAUCUGCUGCGGGCGGUGGAUACAUCUCCGCCUCCGGCUCUUUCGAAGACGCACCGCCCCUCUUCGAGGAGCUGGGCAUCAACACCCGCCAAAUCUGGCGCAAGACCGUCUCGAUCCUGAAUCCUAUCCGUUUGAAGCCCGAUCUCCACGAGAAUACCGAUCUCGCAGGCCCGUUCGUCUUCCUCAUGGCGUUCGACCUGUUCCAGCUUCUCGCGGGGAAAUUCCACUUUGGGAUCAUCUUGGGGUGGGUAACCUCACGGCCGUCUCAAGACUCCGUGAGGCCCUAGGUAAAAAAAUUUAAAAAUAUUUUUUUUUAUAUAUUUUUAAUUUUUUUUAAUAUUUUUCAUUUAGAUUUGGAAUUGAAAAUAAUAAUUUAAAAAAUAUUUUUAAAAUUAGUUAUUAAAAAU